CUGACUUGUUUAUGUUGAAGGGACAAGUGAAUGACUUUAGUUAGCUCUUUCACUCUACUUUGAAGCUUGUUCGAGGCUUUUUCUCUCAGCAUGUUUGCUUUUUUGUAGGCGACGGGAGCAUGAAGUCUGUUUUGUCGCUGAUUUGUGGUUGAUAGAUGUCUUCAGAUAGCAGAGAGAGAGAGACCGACACACAGAGAGGUUUGAUAAGCAGGGUUUUAGGUGACUGUCGAUGAGUGGUAGGUGGGCAGCCCUCAGCCCCAGCAGCUUUCCAUCCUGUGCCCGUUCUUGCUGUCCUGGGCACAUAAACAUUUAGAGGACACAGAGGAAGAGAAGGAGGAGGAGGAGGAGGAGCAGGGUCAACCAUGGAGCUGUAGGGACACGCUCAGAUGCCCGUGCGGAUCACCAGUGGAGGAGGAGUGCCGCUCAGGAGAAGAGCUCUGCGAUGAACAAGACCAAGAGGAAGUCCAGUGAGAGCAGGAACGUGGUCCAGCGGCGGAGGUAUACAUGUCCCAGUCCUCAGGACAUCACCCGCGCCCUGCAGAGCCCCAGCUCUGCUCCCAGCGCCAGUGCUGCCAGCCUGGAUGAGCUCAUACAGCGCUGCCUGAACUGCUUCGAUUCAGAGGGGAAGCUUUCCAGCCCCAGAGGGUCCCAGCUGGUCCACAUGACUCUGAUGAUGCACAGUUGGGUCGUGCCUUCUCAGAUGUUCGCCCAGAAACUUCUCACCCUUUAUAAGGAUUGUCCCUCAGACAAGAGAGGAGUGAGGCGGACACAGAUCUGCCACCUUAUCAGGCAGUGGAUCAGCCAGUUCCCAGCGGUAUUCGAGGCAGACCCCCUCCUGGAGCAGACAAUGGGGGACCUGUGGGAGCUGGUCCGGUCAGACGGAGAGGAGACGCACUCGCAGCUCAUCGACACUUCCUGCUUAAGCCCUCAUGUGAACAUAUUCCAGGCACCCUCACCCUCUGUGAAGAAGAGGAAGGUGUCUUUGAUCUUCGACCACAUGGAGCCAGAUGAGAUGGCUGAGCACCUCAGCUACCUGGAGUUUAAGAACUUCUGUAACGUUUCAUUCCUGGACUACCGCAGCUACGUGGUGCGAGGCUCAGUGAGGGACAACCCUGCUCUGGAGAGGUCGGUCAUGAUGUGUAACGGAGUCUCCCAGUGGGUCCAGCUGAUGAUCCUCAGCAGACACACGGCCCAGCAGAGAGCCCAGGUCUUCACUAAGUUCAUUCAUGUGGCUCAGAAACUUCGAGCUUUGCAAAACUUUAACACUCUAAUGGCAGUGACUGGAGGCCUCUGUCACAGCUCAAUCUCCCGCCUCAAAGACACCUCUAACCUGCUGCCUCCUGACAUCACUAAGGCCCUGAGUGAGAUGACAGAGCUGCUCUCCUCGCGGAGCAACUACAUCAACUACCGGCGGGUUUAUAACGAGUGCAGUGGCUUCAAGGUGCCCAUCCUUGGGGUCCACCUGAAGGAUCUGAUCUCACUGAAUGAGGCCCUGCCGGACUACAUCGACGAUGACAAGAUCAACCUGAGCAAGCUGCAGCACCUGUACAGCAACAUCAAUGACCUGCUGGCCAUUCACACCUGCACGCCGCCCUUUGAGGCCAACAAGGACCUUCUGCAUCUGCUCACGCUCUCCUUAGAUUUAUACUACACUGAGGAUGAGAUAUAUGAACUUUCAUACACCAAGGAACCGAAGAACACCAAGAUCCAGCCUGUAGCUCCAGUUAAACCGCCUGCAGUGGCAGAGUGGGGUUCAGGGGUCACCCCCAGGCUCGACCCUGACACCAUAUCUAAACACGUCAAACAGAUGGUGGAUUCCAUAAUGAAAAAUUACGACCAGAACCAGGAUGGUUACAUUUCACUGGAGGACUUUGAGAAAAUAGCAGCCAACUUCCCCUUCUCCUUCUGCACUCAUGAAACUGACAGGGAGGGACAAAUCAGCCGUGAGGAAAUCACCUCUUACUUCAUGAGGGGAAUGUCUAUAUGUGCCAAGCUGGGCUUCAACUUCAAUGCACAUAACUUCCAUGAAACCACGUAUAAACGGCCAACGUUUUGUGAGACUUGUGGAGGCUUUCUGUGGGGAGUCAUCAAACAGGGCUACCAUUGUAAAGACUGUGGGAUAAACUGUCACAGACACUGUAGAGAUCUGGUGGGGAUGGAGUGCUUGAAGAAACACAAAAACACAACUGGGUCCUGUCCGUGCACUCCGGCACCUGACUCAAAAACCAAGGGCAACAGUUGGAGUUCAGAGGAGGAGACCUUUGUUUUCCCGCAAGGUGAAGAGACAGAAAAUAACCAGGGCACCCCUCCUUGGAAAAAUAACAGCGGUGAUUCAACGCUGUCGGACCGCUCCACUCAGACAGAUCCUGGAGUGUGGACGCCUGAGAAAAAGGACAAGAGGGGAAACCACCACAACUUACUCGUGCACGCAUCUCCAGACAGAAGGGUCAACACACUGCCACAGAGAGCCCGAGGCUGCUCCAUGCCUGUUUCCUUCUUGCAGGAGAAGAUGGAGGAGCUGCAUCUCUACAAAGACAAGAGCAGAGAGCCGGACUGAGCGCUCCAUCUUCUGACAUUUCCCCCUCAAGGACAAAAAACAUCCAGACACCACCAAGUCUCUGACAAAGCUGUGUCUGACUGGUGUUGAACUGAUGAGAUUUUACUGGCCAUUCACAUCAGAAUGCCAGGAAUUAUAUGUAUGGACUCCAUCCUGUUUUAAGUGUGGUUAUGAAACGCUUUUAUUAUUUUAUUUUUGUCAGUCUUGUUAGUUUGGCAAAGUGUUUAGGCUUCAAACAUCAAUUGUCCUUCUGUAAUUUAUGAACACCUCAUUUUGUUUCUAGAAUAGGUGCCUUGGUUCUCUGGUGCUAAGAUUCAACUCCAAUCCAUACGAUCAUUUAUGGCAACAGACAUAAGAUUUUCCUGAUCAUAUUUACAUAUAACAAAAUGCAGGGUGGGAAAUUAACACUAACCUUGUGGUGGCGAAAAGGCUGAGAAAUUCUUGACCCUUAAGAUCAUGGUAGAAGCAACAACAAUUCUGGUCAAUUUCAACUUUGGCAGCUAUAUGAAAACUCUGCUCAUGAAUCUGGACAGUAAGGUGGCAAAACAUUUUUUAGACUACUAUUAGUUUGGCUUUGGGUGAUGUGAAGAUAUAUGCAUGAGACAAUUUAUCAACCAGUAGAUAUUCUUAUACCAUUCAUGAGGUAUCUAUGCCUUUAAAGGGAUAGUUCAGAUCUUUUGACAUGGGGUUGUAUGAGGCACUUAUACAUAGUCAGUGUAUUACAUACAGUAGAUGUCAGUCAGCAAACUCUGUUUGGAGAAGCAGGCUGGAGUCGGACACAGAAGCUAAGCAAUGUACUGCUGUGGAGAGGUCAGCAACAAAACAUAAUUGUAGCCACCUAAAGAAGUCAGUAAGUUUGGGUAUAUGCUAUAUUGAAAAUAUUUCCAUUGCUUUACCUUGCUGCCAGACAGUGUUUCUGACUGUGAACUGAUGCUAUUGUAUUAAUCUCUGCAAACAACAGACACCGCUGAACACAGGCGCUGCUGAACUACAGCAGCUUCGCUCAAUUUAUUUGUUUGUAUUAUUGUGUGACUUUGCUGUAUAAUAGGGUUCAUUCAAAUUCACUUAGGUCAAACAAUAAAACUAACUGAUUGAGGCAGCGAUAGACCAGCAACUCUGUUCAGCAAGCCAAAAUGACUGUUUUUGACAAGAGCAUGGAUGGUAAAUGAAACCAUGUCAGCUUCCCCGUCAGAACAGGCUGUCUGGUGGCGAGGUUAAGUGCCGAAAUACUCCAAAUAUUGUGUACACUUUAACUGUUUUUUUCAGGUGGGACUUUUUAUGGCCAAAAUACAUUUUGUUGUUUCCCCCAUCUACAGCAGUAUAUUGUUUCACUUCAGUGUUGGUAUUUCAUCUCCAUCUACUGUAGGUAAUACAGUGACUAGAGACAAGUACCUCACACAGCUCCAUUUAAAAAAAUCCAAACUAUCCCUUUAAUAUCUCUAGUUAUAUUAGGCAACCAUUUUGCAAAUCACUGAAGCCUUCCUAAUGGCAAUAUUGUGAUAGUGAAAAGAGGUGGUUAAGUCUGAUCCAUAAACAAAUGCAACAAGCAGUGGAGAAUGUUUAUUUCCUGCCCUGACUUUCAAAUUUCUCCAACAGUUCAUUCAAGGUUCAACAGGACUGCACUGGAAUUAUACGUAUGCUACAAAAUUGGCGUUUUUUUUAGCUAAAUGCUUCCUUGUUUUGUCCACAAUGUCAAUCUUGUUGAAAAUAAGAAAGAUACAAACCACUUAGUAUGUGUUGUGUCUGACUUUACUUACUGGCAGCAAACAAAAGAUAUUAACAUCUCCAGGCGUAUACAAUUGCAUUUAUUGUAUAAAGACAAGACAGCUCGGGAUAACUGGUCAGAUUUUCAUUUUCAGGUAGAAAAAAAAUGAGUUUGACAUCUGGAUUUAUCUACUGGACUCAAUGAACAGCAAUCACAACGGGAUAAAAAAAAAACUGCACAUACAUCUACUCAAAAGUGGCAAAAUAUUCUUCUCAAUCAAAGAC